AGCAGGACAAGGAGGUGGCUCUCGCCACGGGCAAGGAGAUAAGGUGGGAGAUGGUCCUGGAAAGGACGGAGCCUCGCCACCAGCAGUGUGCACGGAGCAGAGGCCGCAGACAUCUGACUUCCAAAAGAACAUGCCUCUCUUUCUAUAUCCCCCUCUCUCUCUCUCUCUCUCUCUUUUUUUUCUUUCCGCUCCUCAUCUCUGCCCUGAAGCCGGCUAGGUCAGCUAUUUGUCUUUGAAGCUGCAUUUCUUGUUGGUUGAAUUGACUGUUCUGAAAGCAGCAUCGCAUCUGACCAACACCGGGACUGCGGGUGGCAGAGACUUUUCUGUUCGUCUCUUCAGCCCUGUUCAAUUUUCCUGUCCUCCCUUGUUUCAUCAGUUCCAUUGUUUUCCCUCCGCCUUGUACCCUCCCCUCCAAUUUAUUUGCUCUUGCUUAUUGAUAAUCUUAAAUCCAUCCUCUGCCUCAGUAAUCUCAACGGGGGGGAGGGGGCGAAAAACCCCCGUGGCUACCGCAGCGUGGAAGGAAGCAUCGUGUUCUAGUUUCUUCCGUGCCCGGGCUCUGCAUUUUUGCCUUGUAAUACUGCACAUCGAUAAAUAAAUAAACGCGCACAGUUUUGUGAGCGCAGGUUGUGCUGAGUUUACACAAUGAGUGACGAACUUUUGACCGAUUUGGGCAAACUUCUGGUCGAGCUUGCUUUCCAGGUAGAACAAGGUUCUUUUGCUAAGGAACGUGUGAAUCAACAGAUAAAUUCAUAUACCGCCGAAUUCGCAGAAAAAAAGGAUAAAAUUGCUAAGUUGGAGGAAAACAUAAAGAACGGCAAUGAGGAAAUAGCUGAUUUGAAAAAGCAACAUGAGAGCAGUAAGAAGAACUGUAAUGUUUGGAAGCCCACCUAUAAAAUUCUUAGCAAACAUGAAGAAUACGUGAAAAAUGAACUUGAAGCUUUAGAGGAAGCUACAGAAAAUGAGAGGAAAAUGUAUGAGGAUUGCAUAACCCAGUAUAAGGAGGUUUUGGAGGAACACCACAAAAAAUAUGCAGAGACUGCUCUUGCCCAGAGGCAUUGCAAAAAAAAGGAGGAAGUAGAAGAAAUCCAAAAGAGAGUUUUGAAACACUGGAAAAAAUACAAAUGGAAGGAAGAUGCUUGCUUGGAUCUGGAGGCUGUUCCUUUUAAAGCUGUAAAUGAUUGGGCUGUACACAUUGCAUCUUCGAAGCAAAAAACACAGGAAAUGUUACAUCUUGCCACUGUUGCUGCACAAGAAUUCGUCAAACUGAAAAAAGAAGCAGAUGAAUUAGAAAUGAAGAUUGGUUCCUUAGAAAAGAGACUUGAAGCGGCUACAGAAGAUCAAGAUAACUCUGAAAUGAUUGAAGGAAAAAAUCAAAAGAGUCUCGAGAAACCAAAGGAGUUUAAAGAAAGGAUGUUUGAAGAGCCUGAACACUCACCUUUGCCAAAAGAGAAACAUCAGUGGUGUAAACCAUUACCUGUCCUACACAUUCCUCAGAAAUUGGUCCAGUCUGUACAGAGUAUUAGAUUCUCAAAUCAACAACCAGAAACAGGGAGAGAAGACAAAGAAAAAACAAUGGAACUUUCAGUUGCCACUAGCAGUUCCUCCAAUCUUGCAGAAAAUUUGUCAGAGAUGGUUAUUGACACCGCAGGGACCAAUAACCCCAAAAUUGCCCAAGUUCCAUCAAUAGCAAGCAUACAAACCCCAAUGAAAUUCAGAGUGACAAAUCCUCCAAAGCAGUUGACUUCCAGUCAGCAGUUUGAGAGUAAAAAGGCAGUAAUGGCAAACCAAGAGGCCAAACGUGGUGAUAAAGAAGCAGAUGAGCCAAAGGAAUCUUCACACAUACCUCAAGAUGUACACACGUGUUUUAACCCAAAUGAAGAUAAUCCUGACAUAGUAGAAGAAAGUGCAGAACCAUUUUUAAGAGCACCUAAAACACCUGACUUAAAGGGGAAGAAGAUGCAGUUCUCUGAAACACCUCCCUUUGACUUCAUUCAAAAUUUAGGUUGUGAAGAAGGACCAUCAAAAUCUCCUGCUUUCUUUUCUCUCAUGAACUUCUCCCAGAAGUCACCUGGCUUUAACUUCUUUGGUUCUUCUGUGUUUGGGGCACAAAACUCAUCUGAUGAGGCAGAAGAAAAUUUUCCUGUGGGAAACCUGAACACUCAGUCCCCACACAAAGAUAUUGGGAGCUUCUUUGGGAAACCUGAAAGUGAGGAUGCAUUUGCCUUUCCCUUCGCCUCAGAAUCAACUUCUCAUGCAUUUGGAGAUGGAAAAGACGACUUUAGUUUUCCAUUUGCAUUUGGACAGGAUCAGAGAUCAUCACAAUCUCCUUCUGUGAAAGGUUUUCAUUCUUCCUUACAAAAUACAAAGCAAUUUACAUUCUUUUGAAUGCCUUUGACUUCCUUUGAAAUUCUUUUCCUACUUAGCCUUGACAAAUGUUUUCAGUUUCUGAAGUUAAAGUACAAAGCAUUUCAUCUUCUCCUUUCAUUUCUGUAAGAAAUAAUGUAAGAAUACAUUACUGUAGUUGCUGCAAGAACAUGUGUGUGUUGAUGCAGAUUUAUUUUUCUUAUUUAUUUUCAAAAGGUGUUUUUUUCAUAAAAUGUUAUGAUAUGCUCUUGCCAAAUUGGCACUUAGAAGCAGCAGAAAUAUCAUUUUACAGUAGUGAGUUAAUUCAAUAUCUGUGUGAGAGCAUCUAAACAUCUAGAUGACUACUUUCAGCCUCUGAUAUAAACUAAAUUACUUGUGUUAGUAAGAGUGACUGUUUAUUGUAGCAGUAAAAGCUGAAUUUGAGUUAAAGACACUGUUUUAAGUAUUCUGUGUGUAACAGCUGAUUUAUAAUUUUGAAAUAAACAUUUCUGUUAAUUUUAUGUAAAGUUUUGUAGGUAUUUCUUAAUAUCUGGAGUGAAACAAUGUUGCAAUUCUAAUACUUAACAUUUCAAAUUCAGUCUUUCCACUUGACAUACUGAAAGCAAAUUUUUUCCUCUAUAUCUAGUGUCUUUCAAAAAAAGGCAGAGACAGUUCCCGAAGUCUAACUGUGGUCAGCACAAGUGUAUCCCUCAGCUCUCCACAAAUGCCUUUCCUUGUGGAAAGAAUGGCUUUUAAGACAAUACCAGGGUUAAUCAGCAAGGAAUUCUGACUGUUCUGAGCCAGCACAGCCCUGUGCAUCCCUCAGAAUCCCUCAGAACCAUCUUCUCUAGAACCACAACUUUCACAUUUAUGGCCUUUGAAGGAAUUACCAGAUCACUUUGGAGAUAUUUUUUUCUGUUACAUAUGAAGCAUAGGUUACUAAUUUUGGAUGCUCUUUAUGAAUUUAUGAUGGAAUUGGGUUUCUCGGUCAUUUACUAUGAAGCAAACACCCUUCCUGACAGCAGGCAAGCAAAAUAGAAGACCACAUCAUUCAGCAGAUUUCACAGAAGACAUUGCAAAUGCACGAACUAGUUAGGGGGGCACAUAGACUGAGUGGAACAAGUGGACUAAAAGCAUCCUGUCCAUAGAAUCUGCACAGUCUGCCAAAAAAUGUCAACAAUGUCCGAAGGGGAGUAGAGUCCCUUUUCCCUCUGCUCGCCUGCAAAGCCCUAAAUGACCAGAAGCUUGGUUAUCUAUGCCACUAUUUCUUUUCUGUCAAACUCCUAAAUGUCUCAGGACCAUUUUUGUAACACCCAGAUUUUCUUAAGUACUAGUGCCUAGAGAUUUGUGAAAGUUGGAUUUUUUUUUUUUUAAAUGAAGAUGAAUCAGAAAGUUUUAGUGAAGUCCUGCUGAAGUGAGACUCAGCUUUUCUAAUCUGCUGCAUACCUGGCAAUGUGAAAAACAUAAGGGAGAGGCAAGUUUGAGACUGUGUUAUUUGGAGCUGAAGCUUUCUUUCCCCUCUCCUGAUGGAUUCUGUCAUCCAUGUCUCUGACAUUAAAGUCCAGAAGCCAAGGCUGCAGGUUGAAGUGGCAGAAACCAUAGUUCUAGGUCUUGGUGGAUGUUUACUGACAGAAAUUGGAUAGGCUGAUUAAUAACAUAAAAGAGAAAGCUGCUGAAAAAGAGCUCUGAAAGAACCAACCACUCGGCAUCUGGGAUACUUUACUGAGGUCUAAGAGCAUGAACUGCUAAUAAACACACCCUGAGUUUUUUUCAUGAGUAUCAGUCAAAUUCUUGUUGGCCUUAGAAUCAAUAGCAGUCACGUUGCUGGAUUGCUGACACAGAACGUAUCUCACUGACCAACAUUGUUUUAGUUUGUCCUUUACACACACACCUGACUGCAUCCACCUCUGGUCUGAAAGCUGUGUAGACAGAGAUUCUCUUGUCAGUGCAGUGAGAGCUGCUUGAGAGCAAAAUUCCAGGUAUUCCAGGUAUUACACCUGUUACUCCAGCUGAGCUGGAGAGCAGGAACCUCCAGCAGCGCCGUGGCAGUGGCAGCUGGGAGCUGUAAUCUCCCAAAAGCAGUGCAGCUGUCAGCAAGGUGGCAAUGGGGUUAUGCUGUGCCCUUGUGCUGUGAAUCCUUGGAGUGGGGAUUUUCUUUUUGUUCUGUCCUUGUAUUGCACCUCAUGAAACAGAGCUCAGGUUCACAACCGAGCCCUAAGGUACUAACAGCAAAAAACCUCUCUUAAAUAAGCAGAGAAGGGAUUUGGCUUUGACUCUUAUAUGAGUAUCCUCCUCAGAAGGCAAAUGUUUGCUCAGAGCCCUGAUAUAUUUACUGUUCCACUUAAGUUUUUAAUGAAGUUUUUGACAGAAAGCAACUUCAUUUGAAAAAUUCCUCGUAAAAGGCGGUGUACCA